AUACUAUUGUAGCAGACUAUUCUUGAGGAUACAAUUAAACACGAACGUUCGAUGAGAGAACGGUUUUUUCUUCCCUUGUACCUCCUAAAAUAGUAGGAUAGGAUCUAAAUAUUUUUAUGAAUGCUUUAAGACGUUGCUAUAGAGAUAUAUCAUCUAACUCGAUUCAAAAUGGCUUACAAUGGUGCACCACCACCAUCUUACGAAGAUGUAAUGGGCCAAUGCUCACAAACGAUAUCAACAGAUCUAAAUAUUGUUGACUUCCUACCGGGACUUGUUUCGGACGACGAUGAACAGUAUGACUGUGAAACAUUCAGUGGAUUAGUGAGAAAAGCUAAUAACUGGCUUCAAAGAAAUCGAAUGUUUACCGUCAUUAAUUGUGAAACGAUUGAUGUAAAAAAUAGCGGGGCGGAUGCUUGCCGAAAGACCGUCUUGAAAAAGAAAACUGAUUCAGAAGGUUCUACUCUACAUAUGAGAAUGUUAAGAUGCCUGAGAGUUUUCGUUAGAAUGAAAACUCAUGCUGAUCCAAUGCAACCGGAUAGAAUAGGCUAUUUCAAUUUUCCUCCUAAUUCGCAAGGCUCCUGCACAGAUACAUUUGAAAAUUUUUCAGUAACAAUUGGUAGAUUAAAUGAUCGUUUAAGGAGAACUCCUAUUGAUGGCCGUAUAUUAAAUGUUGAAACUUUGAGAGUUAAAUGCAGAGACGGUUGUAUCACUGAUUAUAAAAUGGAAAGAUCCGCUUGGACGGAUUAUACAACUGAAAAACUUCGUUUUGUUAUGUUUAUUAGGCUUUUUUAUCUAUACGGAAAUUCUCGAGCAGAAACUAUUGCUGUAAGGGAUUUUUUACCAAAUCAAAUAAAUUCAUCAGUUAUAUUGUCAAAAUCCCAAUUUGACUCUUUUCAUGCUUUGAUGACUAGAGUUCGACUUUGGUUGAGUUGUCAGAAAUUAGCAAGAGUUCUUAACGUUCAAAGUAUAAAUAUUAAAGUGAAAUCAUCCGACGAAACUGUAAUAAGCGAGCGAAUGUGUUAUACAAACAUCUCCACAUCAACAACGUUUGUACGAAUAAUAAGGAUAUAUCAUAUUUUAGCUGAGGAGCAAGCGCAUUAUAAACCAGUCAUGAUCAAUUACAGAACUUUUGUCCCGGCUGAAAGAGAAGAAAUUCAAGAGCUGAUGGAGAGAGAAGUACAACCUUGGGUUAAAUAUAAUAAAAACGCUCGUGUUCUUAGCUCAGAAACAAUUCUAUAUCGAGCAAAAACAACUGGAGUUGAUCCUAACGACACAAUCACCCAAAAUAAGGGCAAAACUACAUUGUAUGUACACUGUCUAAGGGUCUACUUCGAUGGUCCUGUAUAUCAACCACCUACAAACCUACCACUACCGAGUCAGACGGCACCUGAAGAGUGUUGUUCAUUAUUAUAA